GAAGAACUAUUGUAUGAUAUGAUACAAUUGUUUAAACGGAAUUUAUAUUUUGAAAAUUAUCAAGAACAAGAUUCAAAUGUUGAUAAUAGGAUUUUUCAUUUCGACUUCAUUCAAUCAAUGUCAUUGGAACAAUAUGAAUCCUUUAUUGAUUGUAUACUCGAAGAACGAUAUGAUUUUCUUCUGUAUUUCAAGAAUAUUUUCGAUCAACUAAACAAUCAUUUCACGAGAAAAAUUCUUGAAAAUAAUAAAAAAGCAAUCAGUACCUCGGAUGGAAUUCAUUUAAUCGAUGGUGAUUGUGAUAAUUCGAAUGAUGUGAUUGAAAAUCUAGAAAAAUUUAUCGAAAUCAUUUUAAAUCAAUUCACAAUGGAUAAUCAAUUGAAACAAAGUAAAAUUUUCAAAAAAUUUAUCGGUCAAUUAUGGUCUGAACAGCUAUUCAAAUGUGUUAUUGAUUAUUAUUUUGAAACUCAACUGCCAAAAUGUGAAUCAGAAUUGGCCAAUUUUUUGGAAUUACUACAACAAGGUAGCCGUUUAGAGAAGAAAUUACAAUCAUACGAUAUGAUUGACGAUGAAGAAUCGGAAACAUUACGAACAUAUCGUGAAAAUAUCAAGAAUCAUUUUUCCACAAAAUUAUGUCAAGAUUUUAUCAUAAGAAUGAAACGAUUAUUGAAAAAACCAAUGGAAACUAUUUCAUCGAAAAAAUUAUUGCAAUCAUUAUCAUUGGAAGAAAAAUCAAAAUUUUCCGAUUGUCUAAUUAGUGAUUAUAUGCUAUCGGUGAAACAAUUAUUCGAGGAGAUGUCAGCACUGUUGUCAAAUAGUUCAAAAAAUUUAUCAUUAUUAUUAUCGGAAACAAUCUAUUUGACAUGUGAAUUAUUCAUUGCUAUAGCACCAUAUAGAUAUCGUGAAUUGAUUGAACAGGAUGCAAAAGAAAAUGCUAUAUUCCAUAAUAAUUGUCUCAUGUUUGGUCAUCUAAUGGAAUGUAUGGCAUUGACACAUAAACCAUAUUUAGAUUCAUUAUUUGAAUUAUUGCCCAGCAUACGUAAUGUUGGAUCACAAAUAUUUUUGAAUCAAAUGCGAUAUCAGGAACGUACAUUAUAUCGUUAUAUAAAUAAUGAAACAUUCAUACAAUCAUUACAGGAGAUUGUCAAUGAAACACCACGCACUGAUCUACGUAUUAGUUCACAAUCACAUUUUGAAUUUCGUGAAUGUUUAAAUAAUUGUUUGAAACAUUUAAAUUGUUUACAAAAUUCAUUUUCAACAGUGUUAUCGAUGAAAAUUUAUAACAAAAUAAUGUCAACAUUAUUGCAAACAUUGAUGAAUCAAUUUAUUGAAACAAUUUUAUCAAUGAAUGAUAUUAGUUCAUUAGGAUCAUCACAUCUUUAUAAUGAAAUUGAUUAUUUUUGUAAAGAAUUGAAAUUAUUUUUAAUCGAUUCAGAAGAUGUUAUAUUUAAAUGGAUGAAAUUGAAUGAAAUUAAUUUUCUACUCAAGUCUUCAUUACUGGAAAUACUAAAUCGAUGGGCCGAUGGCCAUGGAUUAUUGGCUACAUAUCUUAAACCGGAUGAAGUCAGACAUAUGAUUCGUGCAUUAUUCCAGAACAAUGAAAGACGUGCAAAAGUUUUGGCAAAAAUUAAAUAGCAAAAAAAAAAUCAACAACAAAACCAACAACUACGACAACGUAAU